AUGGCUGCACACGCGUUCCUCCUGUGCUCUUUGGCCCUGCUGUCGGCGCUCCGGCCCGGGCUCGCCUUCAUGGACGAGGACCUGCAGCCUGGAAUCAUCUACGAAGAAGUGCCUGAAAUCCUGGAUAGAAGUAAUGAAAACCCCCAAAAGGCCACACGAGUAACAUCGAAUGGCGGGUUUGGCUUACAGAGUGAAGAAGUUAUUUUGACGCCUGAGGAUGAAAACCCACUCAGGAGAAUACUGCAGCCUUUUAACUGGCAUCAGCCGGGCAUGUCUCUCAAUAAGAGAAAGCUGCUCCAGUCUCUAAUGGGACCUUAUGGGCCACUGAGUGUGUCGUACAAUGGGAAAACAUGCAUUUUGUUCAAAGCAAAGCGCCUGGCAAUUCGCUACAGGAACCACACUUUCAUCGACUUGACUGAGAGGGUGUUUAACCCCAACUCACCUGUGGACACGAAAGGCUCUAUCUGCACUAAGGAGAAAGCCACGCUUUCACUGAGGUUUGGAGAUGUAGAAGACCUGCGAGGCCUUGUCAUCAGGCUUCAGAUGUCCAACACAUUUUACGAGGCGGCAGGACAGAACUGGUUCACUUUAGACAGCGUCCACAUUCACUAUAACUGGACCCAGGAGGCCACUUUCAAUGCCAGUGAAGUCUACGCUCCAGCCACGUCGUCCUACCACUGCCAGCACGUCAGCAGUCUCCACAAAUACGACACUCUGCUCGUCCCUAGCUCCCACACAGACACAUCGGCAAACUGGCACAUCACAUUCACCGAUUUUCAGAUCCAGGCCUUCAACGUUCAGUCAGACAAAUUUGCAUCAGCCAGUGAUUGUGCCACAUUCUUGACCCCGGCCAUCUUGAUGGGUCUGGUCACAUCUCUGAUCCUGCUGCUGGUUUUGGCAUAUGCUCUGCACAUGGUGGUUCACCUCAAGCAUAUCGACCGCUAUGAGGAGCACAAAGCAACGGUGUACUUUCCCCGCAGUCCAGAGGCGGAGCUACCGGACAAGAACAGCCUGUGA